GUCGCGCGCGCUCUUGACUAACCUAACUAAGCUGCUUAGGCAUCCGUCAGUUCUAAUUUUAGAAUAUCUGAGAACUUGUUUUUAAACGCUCGACGCUUUCAAUGAGAAUCACAAUGCGCUCUUGUGGUCCCAGCUUGAUUAAAUAUAUUCUAUUUGCAUUCAAUGUGCUAUUUGCGCUUUCCGGCCUGGGCAUAUUGAUAGCAGGUGCCGUUGUGCUGUCCGAUGUGAGUGAGUUUAAUCAUUUUGUGGAGGGACGUGUGCUGGCGCCUCCAAUUGUGCUCAUCAUCACCGGCUUGGUCAUAUUUCUGAUUGCUUCCCUUGGCUGCUUUGGUGCCAUCAAGGAGUCGCCCACUCUGCUGCUAACCUAUGCAGUGCUGCUGGCCAUAAUCUUCAUCGUUGAGCUGGCGGUGGGCAUUGCGGCCAGCGUGUUUAAGAAGGAUCUGGAGGGCAUGCUGAAGAACUCACUGAUGGAGUCCAUUAAGCGCUCCAAUGCUGAGGACAAUCAGGCCUGGGACAAUGUGCAACGCAAGUUGAUGUGCUGCGGCGUGGACACGCCCGCAGAUUGGCGUGAGCAUAGCCUCAAUCAUACGCUGCCCGCGAGCUGCUGUCAGCCGCAGUAUAUUGAGGCGAGCAUUGGUCACUGCAAGGAGUCGCCCGCUCUGGGCAAGGACAAAUACUUUCAGGAGGGGUGUGUGGGCAAACUUAAGGCGCGCAUUGAUAAGAACGCAGUUGUUCUAAUUGGUGUGGGCAUUGGCAUUGCUUUCAUACAACUGCUGGGCAUAGCCUUGGCUUGUUAUCUGGCAAGUGCUAUAAGGCAAAUGCGGCAGGCUAAUUAAAUUCCACACUUAUCAAUCAGUUGUAACUAUUUCUAGCUCCUAUGAGAUUUGCUCCUAAAAGUAGACUUUGAUUUAAUCUCAAGUUAAAGAAACGCAACAAUUCAUUGAGUUUUCUAACAAGCAAAACCAAGUCCACCUGUUAAGAAUUUAUAAACAAUUGUCAAAAGCUUUGCAGUCCUUCAUUUACUAUAAAUAAAUCUAGCAAAAGUUAUUAGCCCAAUAAUAGCAACCAUAAGAUCACUGAUCAAUGAAAAUGAUAAUUUUCAUUUUAAAGCUGAGCUAAUAUAAGAAAUUUAAUUAAAUUGGAGCAUCGAAAUAAACAACGAU